CGGAAUCAGUCCUGACUCACAGUGACAGUAUGUACUACAGAAGGGAGCACUGCCCAGGCAUGUGGCAUCCCCACAAUCCUUGCUAUGCUUGAGCCCAUCAUUGCAGCCACUGUGUCAAUUCGUCUUGUUGAGGGUCUUCCUCUCUUUUGCUGACCCUCUACCAAGCAUGAUGUCCUUCUCCAGGAACUGGUUACUCCUGAUAACUUGUCCAAUGUACUUGAUAUUAAGUCACACCAUCCUAGCUUCUAAGAAGCAUUCUGGCUCUAAUUCUUCCAAGACAGAUUUGUUCGUUCUUCUGGCAGUCCAUGUUAUAUUCAAUAUUCUUUUCCUUACCAUAAUUCAAAGACAUCAAUUCUUCUUAGGUCUACCUUAUUCACUGUCCAACUUUCACGUUCAUAUGAGGCGAUUGAAAAUACCAUGGCUUGGGUCAGGGACACCUUAGUCCUCAACCUAACAUCUUUGCUUUCAGCAGUUUGAAGAGAUCAUUUGCAGCAGAUUUGCCCAACGCAAUUUGUCAUUUGGUUUCUAGACUGCUGCUUUCAUGGGUGUUGAUAAAUAUAUUAUAACCAUAUACAUAACUAUAUCUUCACACCUAAAACAGGAGUCAAGGUCCUAAUGCAACUGGUAAGAUAGAGUUGCUGUCAAGUUGUGUUAAAAAAAAGAAAAAAAGAAGACGACUGGAAUCCAGUUGGAGAAGGCUUUUGUGUCCAUGUGUGCACGUUGUUGACACGGAGGUUAGCAGGAACAGAGAGAAAAAUGGCAUGAUCUUACAGGAGCAAGGAAUCAGCCAUCCUGAAUUUCACAUUUUAAAGCCUUAGUCUUUCAGGAUUUUCACUGUCCUGGGAUCAGAAUGACAAUAAAAGUGCUCAGUUAAUGAGGAGCUUUGGAUAUUGAGCCCCCAGGGAUACAGAGACUGCAAAUAGUCUGCCUGUGACCACCUCACUCAACAUCCCUCCCCCAGGCAGGGAGCAGCACACCCGAGACUCCACCCACAGAUAACCCUGAAGCCCAGGAGCCAGGUGACCCACUCAAUCUCUCUGCCUUUCCUCAGAACACAUCCUCCACCUUCACCAUCCAGGGGAUUUAUCAACAUCAUUCUACAGCCACGUCAGCCAGGUAACUUAAAAUUGCUUAGUUAUUGUUUGGAAAUAAGGACAGGUGUUUUACCUCAUGCUCAUUCCCGGGAAACUGUGUUGACAGUACAUGCAUGAAAUGAUUGAACUCAAGUUUCCCAUGGACUCCUGCCUGUCUUCUCUCGUCCUGACAUGUUUCCUUCUAUCUUUGCACCAGUCCCAAGAAGCUCCAAUUCUACCAGUCUCUAAUCCUGUCUCUACAAUGGUAAAGACCAUUUUCCUCCUGAACAGAAAUCGCCCCUUCUCCAACAUGAUGACUAUGAUAAAAUUCUGUGAUAUUUUCUUGCAUUCUUAUGGUGAUGAAAUAGGGUUAUCAGGUUUGCCUUAUCUACCCACCCCUGGUUCUUAAAACACAUUUGUAUUAUUGCUAUCACCUGGCUCUAAUCUCUGGGGGGAAGAAACGUGAAGUCUGCAAGAGACACUUCAGAGUGCCUCCCUCUUCUGUUUUUCUCUAUAAUAUUACCAAAUUUUUGAAGAAAAUAAUUUUACUGAUGCUUCUUGUCUGGGAGGACGCAUUUUUCUUUGUAAAGAUGGAUCUUUCCUUGGAGUAAACGUGCCCAUCCAGACCUUGUUAGAAUAUGCCCCUUGGGCUGGAAAUCUAGGCCCACAAUGAAGUCCACAGGGGCCCUGUUGUUUUUGUUAGCUGCCAGUGAGUGGACCCUUGACACAUGGCAACUCCUGCUCAGCAGAACCAAAAGCUGCCACGUCCCAUGCCAUCCUCAUACUUGGUUGUGAAUUGAACCAUUUUAAUACACAGAGUUUUUAUUGGCUAAUCUUCAGAAAUAGGUUACCAGGCCUUUCUUCCUAUAAAAUUACAAAAUAUUUAAAAUGAUCGUAAGAACUCAGAUAGUGUAAAAAAAAAAAAAAAUGAGCUCCUUAUCAACACUUUGUAGAAUAAAUAAAUGUUGAUGCUCAGCUAUUGAUCAAAUUCACAUGUUUUUUGUUGAAUAAUCAAAUAAUAUGCACCAGGUGACACCAACUUUCUAUUCUUCUCAAUUUCUCAUGACCCUGCCCUAGGUGCUGUUUACCUUUGGUGAUGCAGCUACUGCUGGUAUAGGGACCACGCACUUGAUUGUCUUGUCACCUGAUCUGUUCCAUCAGAUUCAUCAACAGUAUGAAACCUAAAAACCAAACAAGUUUUUCUGGAUUCCUUCUCCUGGCACUGACAGAGAAUCUGGAACUGCAACCCCUUCUUUUUGCCCUGUUUCUGUUCAUAUAUCUGGUCACUGUCCUGGGGAACCUGCUCAUCAUCCUGGCUGUCAGCUUUGACCCUCACCUCCACACCCCCAUGUAUUUCUUUCUUGCCAAUCUGUCCUUCACUGACAUGUGUUUCAGCACCACCACAAUCCCAAAAAUGCUGGUGAAUCUCCAAACACAGAAUCAGAGCAUCACGUAUGCAGGCUGCCUCACCCAGGUCUGCUUUGUCUUGGUUUUUGCUAGUUUGGAAAGUUUUCUCCUGGGAGUAAUGGCCUAUGACCGCUACGCGGCCAUUUGUCACCCGCUGAUAUACACAGCCAUCAUGAACCCCCGCCUCUGUGGUCUGCUGAUUCUACUCUCCUUGUCCAUUACCACUGUGGAUGCCUUGAUCCACAGUCUGAUAGUGUUGAACCUAUCUUUCUGCACAGAUCGGGCAAUUCCCUACUUCUUCUGUGAAGUUGUUCAGAUCAUCAAGAUUGCCUGUUCUGAUACCCUUCUCAAUAGCACCUUCUUAUAUUUGGCAGCUACCAUACUAGGUGGUGUUCCUCUCUCUGGAAUCAUUUUCUCUUAUACUCAAAUUGUCUCCUCCAUUUUGAGAAUGCCUUCAGCAGGUGGAAAGUAUAAGGCUUUCUCCACCUGUGGGUCCCACCUCUCCGUUGUUUCUUUGUUCUAUGGAACAGGCUUAGGUACGUGUGUUAGUGCUGCAUUUACACACUCUUCCAGGAAGACUGCAGUAGCUUCAAUGAUGUACACUGUGGUCACUCCCAUGAUGAACCCCUUUAUCUACAGCUUGAGAAACAGGGACAUGAAGGGAGCCUUGAAGAACAUUUUCAAGUGCAUACCUGCUUUUCAGUGAUUAAAUUAUCUGCUUUGGGCCUGGCUUUCUAGUUUGCAUCAAAGCGAAAAAAUACUUAUGAGCUAGAAUCCCCGACUCUCUUUUAACCAGGUUAUUCUAAAAUGACAAAAUAACAUAAUGGCUAAGCAGCUAAGAAAUCAUAUGACACAUGGCAUUGGGCAAAUCUGCUGCAAAAGACCUCUUUAAAGUGUUGAAAAGCAAAGAUAUUACCUUGACGAGUAAGAUGCACCUGACCCAAGCCAUGGUGUUUUCAGUCCCCUUCUAUGCAUGUGAAAGCAGGAGGAUGAAUAAGGAAGACCAAAGAAGAAUCAAUGUCUUUGUAUUGUGUUGUUUGAGAAGAAUAUUGACUAUAUCAUGGACUACCAAAAGAAGGAACAAAUCUGUCUUGGAAGAAGUACAAUCAGAAUGCUCCUUAGAAGCAAGGAUAGCGAGACUACGUCUCACACACUUUGAACAUGUUAUCAGGAGAGAUCAGUCUCUCGGGAAGGACAGCAUGCUUGGUAAAGUAGCGGGUCAACAAAAAUGAGGAAGACCCUCAGUGAGAUGGAUUGACACAGUGGCUAUCACAAUGGACUUAAGCAUACCAAGGAUUGUGAGGAUGACUCAGGACCAGGCCAUGUUUUGUUCUGUUGUACAUAGGGUAGCUAUGAGUCUGAACUACUCGGCGGCACCUAACAACAACAAUAACAAGUGCAUUUCAACUUGGGAUUGGGCCCUGACUCUGCUCCUUGUGUAACCUCGGUUUCUUUCUUUCUUUCUUUUUUUUUUUUUUAGUCAAGUUCUAUAGAAGCAGUGCCUGAGGCAGGUGUUUUGUUAUGUGACUUUAGGGGGCAGCAGAAGGGAAGUGGGUGGAGGUGAGGAGGGCCGGAAAAAGGAAAAAGUAAGGCUGUAGGAAUAGCCAGAGACUACCUACAGUUUGAUCCCAAGGAUAAAGCCAUGUGAAUGAAAACCUAGACUUAGUCCCAAUGUGAGGGAUGGGAGCUUACUUUUCAUGCCCUGAUUAGUAGUUACUGAGACACGUCACUGGUAAAUUGUAUGUGUCCAGGGUGACAUCAGCAUUCACUGUAUUCAGUUUCAUUAUGUAUAAAAUGAUCAUAUUAGAUGGUCUCAGGACUUCAGAAGAUUGUGAAAUACCUGAACCUUUUCAGUAAAAUAGGCUUCGGUUCAAAAGGAAAUAUAAACUCUACUCUAACA